AUGCCUCCACGCAACCGAUCAACAAGAGUCGCUUCAAGCGCACUGACUGGCAUCUCAAGAACAGCUACAAAGGCCAAAGUCAAGACCGAUACUCAGACUCCUCCGGUCAAACGACAGAAGCUCUCAGCACCCGACCCGUCUCCAGAAGGUAGACUUCCGGGUCCAUCUGAGCCGACCCAGCUCAUUCCUCCCACCCUAUCCUUCUCUUUGACCGAUGCUAUCUCUCAUCUGUCGAAAGUAGAUCCCCGUUUCGGUCUCUUCUUCGCACAUUUACCUUGCCGACCAUUUGUACAUCUCGAAGCGAUUGAUCCCUUCCGAACUCUGGUCACUUCCAUCAUUGGUCAACAGGUAUCUUGGCUGGCGGCAAGAGCCAUCAACAACCGAUUCAGAGCUUUGUAUGGUUUUGAUCCUGAAUGCAAAGAUGGGUUUCCGAGUCCUCAUCUCGUCGAGAAGGAGGAUGUAGCCAAGCUGAAGUCGGUCGGGCUCAGUACAAGAAAGGCGGAAUAUGUCAUAUCACUCGCUCAACAUUUUACAUCCGGCCAAUUAUCACACGAGCUUCUACACCACGGUUCGGAUGAAGAGAUUUCGAAAGCUCUUAUAGCUGUGCGAGGGAUCGGUCAAUGGACAGUGGAUAUGUUUUUGAUGUUCUCCCUGCGUCGACCAGACGUAUUGGCUGUGGGAGAUCUUGGUGUACAGAAAGGCUUAUUACGCUGGGCGUUAGCAGCGCAUGGUGCAUUGCCAAGAAAAACAUCUACUACUCCGAAGAAAGGCAAGAGUAAAGCUAAGGUGGUUGAACGAGCAGACGGUGAACUAGAUACAGUUGUACGAGCAGCGACCCCUGAUAGAGCAAUCAAGGAUACGUUCCCCCCAACUCCUUCCACACCCAACACUUCGCAUCAAGCUGUUUUACAUACCCCCGAUGAAACAACCAGUGCAGCUCAGAUACCUCCAACUCCCAAUUCUCCGGUUCCCGGUGAAGUAGCGCAGAUACCAGCUGGAACCCUGCCUCCACCGGCACCCGAGGAAAUGCUAAAACCUCUGAAUGAUAAUCCUGAUUGGGACCCACACACUGCCGUUCCUCUUCCCGAAGGCUUGUCGGUGGACAUUCUCAAGGCCAGGUUAGGAGGGAAGAAAGUAAAGGGAGGGAUGUACCUCACAACGAAAGAGAUGGAAGACCUGACGCAGGGCUGGAGACCGUACCGUUCAUUGGGAGUCUUCUACAUGUGGCCUGCAGCCGAAGAACAGUGA